GGUGGGAGUUGUACAGAAUCGUUGGAUGUCUCUGAUGUGGAUUCAGCUGACCUUACAAUGACCCUAAACAUCAAUCUGUCAGAGUAUUGGCCUGGAGCUGACACACUCCUCGUCAACCUGACACCAUGGUGCCUUAUGACCAACCAAAGUGACCUGGACCUUAUUGUCAUGGAUGCUACUGGAUCUCAAUGGACAUUGCCCUCUAGCAAGACAUUUAGUCCUCCAAAGUUUGAGGGUGAGAUCAUUCUUGGUUUGAGGAUUGGCAGUGGUGUUGUAUGUAGCGGAAGUAUUCCUUUGUCUGAUGAGGAAGUUGAUCUACAGAGAUACAGACCUGAUAUAGGCCAGGUGUUGUAUUUAGACGGAUAUGUCCACACUCGUAUCUCCAUCACACAGGCCAACAGGAUUAAGGUGUAUUUCCUGACUGUGCAGUCCUCGGUACGACACAGAAUGCGACUGAUUACCAUUCUAGAGUCAAUGUGUGUCACAAAUCUAACUGGACAGCCAUACCAGGCUAUGUUACAUUGUGUGUGUCCUAGGGUAGGACAGAUUCAGAGAAUGACCAGUAGUACUUCGUCAGAGAUUUGUAUACCUGACCAUUCCAAGGUGGACAGACAGGACACUGACCUUUGUCCACUCCUUCAGUGGUCACUUGACCAUUCCCAAGACAGUGUUCUACUUCAGGAAGAGGAUUCAUUGGUCCAUUACUUAUCUCUUCAACCAAUCAAAACAGAAAAUUGUGAUAUUGAUCCUGAUUGGUCUCAUCCUGUUCGUCUCCUGGCCAAUAAGAAUGCAGUUCGUGCUACAGUGGCUGUACCCCGGCCAGGACAGUGGACUGAGCCCAUCUGUAUUACUGGGCAAGAGAGGAAUGGUGUGGCCUAUUUUGUGAUGCGGAAAGAUAAUUCACCAUCUUGUCUCCUGCACAAUUCCACCAAUCUGCCUGUGUACUACGGUCAUCAUAAUGUCAACAUCACAUCCCCAGGUAUUACAGUACAGGAGGAGACAGAACUAGUGGGUGACCCACCUUUCAUCCCGGUCGGACAAAAUGUCUUCUACACACCAAACCUCAUCAAUGGUAUAUUUGGGGAGGAUAUCUCCAACACUCUCAUCCCUAGUCUACAUUUCGCUGUAAAUCGUAACGACAUUCAACAGAGGUCAGAGGAUGGACAAGGUCAAGGUCAAAGUGACAAGUGCCUAGUUUGGAGCCGUGCAAUAGAUGUCAACUCUAACAUGGAAAUGUUUGUGCCAAUUCCUGGAUGUAUAGAUAUCAAGGUCAAGGUCAGAAAGGUUGCCAUGGUGACAUCCAUUACCAUCGAACCAAUCAGCAAGGCUGAAGUGUCGGCAAAAGAAAUCCGAAGUCGCCUCACUGGACAGGAAAGGACAGUUACCACAGUAGCGGAGGAACUCCCUCCGGACAAAAGUGAAAGAUGUUAUCCUGUACACAACGACAAUCAACUUCACAACUUACAGGAUAUCAAAUCUUCAGCGACCAGAAUUGAUUUGACAAUUGGUGUGAGACUCCGACAUCUCACCAUCGCGUUGAAGGACGAAUCAUCAAGAUCUGAAGAAGUCGCUGAAGUACUUAGAAUUUCCAUGGAUGAACUGUUCAUGGCUUAUUAUCCUUCUGGGCAGGUUUCUGAAGACGAAUCUGAAAGUCACUCAUGCAUAUCUGCAUGUGUUGGGGUCAUUCAACUGGACAAUCAGCUGUUCUACACUAAAGGCCUGUAUGACUUCCCCGUACUGUUGUUACCACAGAACAUCCCCGACCCCUCACAGCUUACACUCCCUAGUCUACAGAAUCUCAGUAUAUCAGAGAAAUUUGCUGUCCUCAAGUCAGUUAGCUUCCUACAUAUCCAGGUAGUCAUGGGAACAGACCUACUCCAAAACUCUGUUACAAAGAGGAUUGAAUUUGGCCUACAACCAGCCACAGCUAAUAUAGAUGAUGGAUUUGUUUUGAGACUUUUAAAGGAAGUUGAAAGUUUGAUUCCAACGAAACUUACAAACUCCAGUAUGGACAACAAGAGUAUGUUUGUGAAGAAACUUCCCAAGUCUUUCAGAAAGUUGUCCAUGGCGUUAAGUUCACCAGUAAAAAUUGAACAUCUGUGCAUCCAGCCUAUUGCCUUACUCUUUAGCCUUCAUGCCUCCUUGAAGCUUUUUAUAGCAUCUGACCGUACACCAUUAUCUUUCGGAAAGUUUGAACGGAAGGAUGUUUGUGGAACCUCUCAUCAAGUGAUUCGAGUGUUAGCGAUGCACUAUGCUACUGGGGCACUGUUCCGGGCGGGAAUUGUUGUCGGGUCCUUGGAGAUCCUUGGGAACCCCACAGGACUGAUUCGGAGUAUCGGUACUGGUGUAGCUGACCUAGUUAAAAUGCCCUACACUGGAUUAACUCAUGGACCAGGAGCGUUUGUGUCUGGAGUGACCCACGGCAUGACUUCAUUUGUUAAAAACAUCUCCUCGGGCAUGCUGAUGUCAGUGACCAGUUUUGCCUCAAGUGUAUCACGGAACAUGGACCGUCUUUCUCUUUACUAAUACCACCAGGAACGACAAGAGGAGAGACGUCGACAACAGCCCCACGGAAUUUCCAGUGGACUCAAACAGGGACUCACUGGUUUUGGAAUGAGUUUACUUGGGGCUGUGGCUGGCCUAGCAGACCAACCCAUCCAGAAUAUCAUCUCCAAUCAAGACACAGACGAGCGGCCUAAAUCCACCUCAGCAGCCGCCACGGGAGUUGUGACCGGGGUUGGUAAGGGCCUCGUAGGGGCCUUCACCAAACCUAUAGGAGGGGCCGCUGAACUCUUAUCACAAACAGGACAAGGAAUUCUCCUUGGGACGGGACUUGCCGGAGAUUUACCUAAAGUACGCUACGCAGCAGAGGUUCAGACUGUGUCAUCCUUCUGUAGCUGUCGACAUAAAUAUCUGGG